CCCGGUCCCGUCUGAUCGUCACUGCGCAUGUGUGUCGCUCGUGCCUGUGCUCCCACACACCUGAGCGCGCGCGUGCGUGCUGCGUGCGUCAGCAGGUGGCGGAAGUGUUUUUCUUCCUCGUUCUGCUGAGAAGACGCGAAAACUUCCUCGUGGCUCAAGUCCAAAAACCAAAAGACCGGACCAAAGACCGGACCAGGGACUAAACCCGGACUAAACCCGGACCAGGGACCAGGGACCAUGGGGCGCGUCUCCCCGGCCUCUGUCGCUGCUCUUGUUCCGCUUUUGACGCUGAUUCUCGGGUUGAGCGGAGCGAGGAGCGCGUACGUCCUGCCCGGAGCCAACAUGAACUGUUCCCAACAGGGUCUGAGCUGCUCGGCCACAGUCAGUAACUGUCUGGACCCGGGUUGGCUCGUGUCUCACUCUUACACUCCGUCUGGUCCGGACCGUUUGGACCUGAGGAUCUCGACCCAAACGGACCAAAGAGGAAACCUGCUCCCAGUGAUGAGCGCCACCUGGAGGCUCAGGGACGACGGGAGUAUUUAUUUUUUAAAAGCGUCUGAGCUCCACGUCGUCACCGUGUCCACAAACCAGAACCUGUGUGUGCGCUACUCCUUCAACAACCCCCUCCCCACGAAAGACCUGAGCGGGAACCAGUGGACGUUGAGUUCAGACGUGGUGGUCCUGGACCCGGGUCAGUCCUACACAGUCUCAGUGGAAAACAUCCCCAAAGCAGAACUGGACCACAGCCCGGCCAGUCUGAGCCAGAACCUCAAAGUCCCAGACUGUUCAGACUCUGUGAUGAAGUGGACCAAGCCGUGUAUCGACGCCGGGUUCGGGUGGAGUCCGGACUUGUCUCUGUCUCGGUCGGGUUCUGAUCUGACGGUGGAGUUCAGUCCUGAUCCUCUGUCUGUUCGAUACUUGGUUCUUCUGAGCUGCAAGACCAAGAACCUCAAGAAAGAACCAACCAGAGCCAGGAACAGUUCCAGACUCAGCCCUCCUUUUCCCUGCACUUCUGGUCCUGCUGCCAAGUCCACGUCGAGGUGCUGUCUCAUUUUCCUGGUUGUGGGAACGACUGUCGCAGACACAAGAAAACCAUCGACAUGUGUCAAAUCAACAAGACGGAGACGGAGACGACAGGUGAGUGGCGCCCCCAGUCUGUGGCUCUGGGGGCGUCGGCUCUGGUUCUGCUGCUGCUCGGAGUCUGUGUCACCGUCAUCGUCUGCAGAAGAAGAGGUCGACCUGAGGCGCGGCAGGACUUGGGCUCGGUCCCGGUGGAGGAGACAUCUGGAGGAGCGCCCCACCCUCCUCCUGAUCUACUCCAGAGACCACCCGCUCUUCCUCCACGUGGUGCUCCAGCUCGCCGCCUUCCUCCAGGCCCAGUGCGGCGUCCUGGUUCUUCUGGACCUUCUCGACUCGUCCUCGGUUUCUCAGUACGGCGUUUUUCGGUGGCUGGAGCUUCAGAGGCAGAAGCUCCGUCCGACCGAUAAGAUCCUGGUUCUUUGUUCUCGCGGCGUCCAGUCGAAGUGGAGGUCCAUGUGCGGUCAGGGUCAGGUGGUCCACCAGCCGGACGACCUGAUCGGGCCGUUCCUCAGCCUGUUCCUGUCGGACAUGCACACGCCGGGCUCCAGGGGAAGGUACAUCGCGGCGUUCUUCGAGGACUUGAGUUCGGAGCGAGACGUUCCUUCGUUCUUCGACAUCGCCGUCAAGUACAAACUCAUGAAGCACUUCGAGGAGCUUUACUUCCGCCUCCUCGACCUGGAGAAGUACGAACCGCGGCGAGUCAACCACGUCCCGGGCAUCGGGCCGGACGAGUACCACCGCUGCCCGUCCGGCCGCUCGCUGCAGAGCGCCGUCCACGCCUUCGCCGCCUUCCAGCUCCAACACCCCGACUGGUUCGAAAACGCCGACGCCGAAGAAGCCGACGAGUCCAGCCCGUUCAUCGAAAACACGCCGCUCCCGCAGAUCCUGGAGUGCGCGCCCAUCGUCCGAGACCCCGCCCCCAUUUUCACCCACGACGUUUUGGUGAACGAGACGGCGCCGCAUUUUUACAUCGCCGAACCCGAAGUGAAACGGGAAGCGCCGAUUUCGCUGAACGAGCCUCUCCCGACGGCGCUCGCUCCCGACCGAUCGGUGCUGGAGCUGCGGCCGAAUCCGCGACCAAACAUGGACAUAUUUAAAUCUGAGGUUGUUCCGAACGCGGCGAUGCAGAUUCCCGUCGAGGACGAAGAGGAGGAGGCGGAGUCUGGGGCGGAGUCCGGGUUGAGGGCUGGGCAGAAUGCGGAGUGGGCGGAGUCCGGGGUGAGGGUGGGACAGAGCGCGGAGUGGGCGGAGUCCGGGGUGAGGGCGGGACAGAGCGCGGAGUGGGCGGAGUCUGGGGUGAGCGCGUGGCGUAGCUCGGAGGCGGCGGAGUCCGGCGUGAGCGUGGAGCAGAGCGAGGAGGAAGCGGCGAGCGUCCCGUGCCUCAAGCCGCUGGAGGAGGGGGCGGAGUCUAAGGGCCAGAGCUCCGCCUCCGAUCAGGGCUACAGCUCCAGGGUGUGGACGGAGCCGGACUCGGAGCACAUGAGGGCGCUGCUGAAGCUGCAGCAGGAGCUGAUGAGCGAAUACUGUCGUUUCGAGGUGGAGUGACGUCGCUCGACACGACGACGCUCGCGACGACGCUCGCACAAACUGUUUGACAAAAAUCUCAUCUCGUUUUAUCACGUUUGUUUAUAAUUUUACUUUGUACUUGGGAAGCAGAGACGUAAGCAGAGGCAGGAAACUCGUCUGAAGACGUACGAGAAAAAAGAUCAUAAAUUGUGGCCUUAAAUUAUUAUUUCAUUCUUACGUUUGAGUUAAUUCGUACACUUCACUUCAGGGUCAGACCAAUAAUCUGACCACACAGUCGAGAUGCUGGACUAACUUGUAACAUGUUCAGGAUAAACUAGGGCCCCAUUCACACUAGUGUGUAUGUGAGUGGUGUUGUUGUGUGUACAGUGUUGGUUCACACUAGUGUGUAUGUUGGUCCAGAUGUGAUGGGGACUGUGGGACUCCUGAAAACUCUGAUACUCUGAUGUGUGUCUGUCACCGCCGAGUCUAAGACACACAAUAUGUGUCCAUUCACAUAAACGUGUGUCUGUGUGUACGACCUGCACAUGUGUAAUGUGUGAAAAGUUUCACAUGAACCAACACAACAGAAACACAGAACAGACUGAGCAUCAGCAGAACACCCCUCUGACACAGAGAGAACACCCCUCUGUCACACAGAGAGAACACCCCUCUGUCACACAGAGAGAACACCCCUCUGUCAC